GUUAUAAUAAGCAACAGCGCCAGUUGGCCACACUGCAAUACGGUGCGCUUUCCAUCACCGUAUCCCCCUUCCGUUAUCCAAUUUAAUAUUAUCAUACGUCGAGUAUUGUUGAAUCCUGACGCUCUACAGUUACUGUAGCAGAAAAACAUCACACCUGAACAUUAUUUUUCAUUUGUCUAAUCAAUUUUCACCACUCAGCAAUGGACUGCGAAUCAGUGAUCGAGUUUUUGGGUGGAGUUCCUUUGCUACAGAGACUCCCUAGCUCAUCUCUUAAGAAAAUUUCUCAACUUGUCAAAGUUAAAUUCUACGAAAAAGGAGAGCAUGUUGUUCGCGAAGGAGAGAUUGCCGAAGGAGUCUAUUUCAUUUGGGAAGGCGAGGCAGAAGUAUCUGGAUCAGUCCAUGCCGAAGAUGAUGCUCGUCCUGAGUUUCAAUUGAAACGCUAUGAUUACUUUGGUGAUGGUGUUAUCGCUUCUGUUCAGCAAGCCGAUGUCAUUGCUUUGACUAAACUGACCUGCUUAGUCCUGCCUCACGAGCAUUGUGCUUUACUUGUACCGAAAUCAAUGUGGAGUGCUGAUAAGACUCCAGACUCCUGCACCCUUGUCGAGAGUAUAUUGCAUCUGCAUCCAAUUGAAGUGAACAUAUUCCAGGGGAUUACUUUACCAGAUGCCCCAAAAUUUGGAAAGGUCUUUGGAGGACAGUUUGUUGGGCAGGCACUGGCUGCAGCAUCAAAAACUGUUGAUUGCCUUAAAAUUGUUCAUAGCUUGCAUUGUUAUUUUCUUCUUGUUGGAGAUUUCAACAUGCCAAUAUUAUAUGAAGUUGAACGUGUGCGUGAUGGGAAAAGCUUUGCCACUCGAAGAGUUAACGCAAUACAAAAGGGGAAUGUUGUAUUUAUCUUGAUCGCUUCAUUUCAGAAAGAAGAACAAGGGUUUGAACAUCAAGAAGUAACAAUGCCAAAUGUUCCAGAGCCAGAGAUGCUACUGUCAAUGGAGGAGCUUCGUGAGAGACGCUUAACUGAUCCUCGUCUUCCAAGGACCUACCGAAACAAGGUAGCUGCAAAAGAUUUUGUUCCUUGGCCCAUAGAGAUAAGGUUUUGUGAGCCGAACACUAACACCAAUCAGACAAAAUCUCCUCCAAGCUUGAGGUUCUGGUUUAGAGCAAGAGGAAAACUUUCAGAUGACCAGGCUUUGCAUAGAUGUGUAGCGGCAUACAGUUCAGAUCUCAUAUUUCUUCAAGUUAGUAUGAAUCCCCACCGUACUAAGGAUUUGAAAACAGCUAAUGUUAGCCUAGACCAUUCGAUGUGGUUCCACCGGCCAUUUAGAGCUGAUGACUGGAUAUUGUUUGUGAUUACAAGUCCUGCUGCCUCCCAUGCUCGUGGAUUUGUAUCCGGCCAAAUGUUCAGCAGAAAGGGAGAGCAUAUCGUAUCAUUGACUCAAGAGGGUCUUCUUAGGAAAAGUUUUAACCCAAUCCCAGCCGCUGCCUCCAAGCUGUGAAUCUUGGUGCCAGUAAAGCUGGUCAUUGCUGUAAAAUCUCGGUUACAAAAUGAAGGCUACUGAAUUUUUUGUUUGCCUUUCAUUGCUUAUUUUUCAUAGUUCUGAAAGAACUCCUUAUAGCAACUUUCAUUAUAAUAUGUAUUAAUGAUUUAUUUUACCGAGAACAAAAUUCUACAUAGCUUGUAACUUUGAAGGAUUGCCUUCAAAUCUAAUUUAAAAGUUUGGCUACAGAAGGGAUGGAUACCUUUACUUCAAA